AUGUUCAGCAUGCUCCAAGAUAAAUACAUUGGCCUGGCGCUGGCCGUGACCUCGACUCUGGCCAUUGGCACCAGCUUUGUGAUUACGAAAAAAGGCCUGAAUGAUGCGGCGGACAAACAUGGAUUUGAAGGGGAAGGAUUCGCAUAUCUGAAAACGCCUCUAUGGUGGGCGGGGAUUGCCUCGUUAAUUGUCGGUGAAGUGGCCAACUUUGCGGCAUAUGCUUUUGCACCCGCGAUUCUGGUCACCCCGUUGGGAGCACUCAGUGUGCUUAUUGGAGCUGUCUUGGGCGCAUAUUUCCUAAAUGAAGAGUUGGGGGUGUUGGGAAAAUUGGGCUGUGCCAUCUGUCUCCUGGGGUCGGUGAUUAUAGUAUUACACGCGCCUCCGGACCAGGAAAUUGAGACGGUGGAUCAAAUUCUGGGUUAUGCCAUAAAACCAGCCUUUAUAAUCUAUUGUUUAGCGGCCAUCGUGUUUUCGACAGUCAUGAUAUACAAAGUGGCACCUGUGUACGGCAAGAAGAGCCCUUUGAUUUUUAUCUCGAUUUGUUCCACGGUCGGGUCGAUAUCUGUCAUGUCGGUCAAGGCGUUUGGUAUUGCGUUGAAGUUGACCUUUGCCGGGAACAAUCAAUUCACCCACCCAUCCACAUACGUCUUUAUGGUUGUCACCAUAGUCUGCAUUUUGACGCAGAUGAAUUAUUUCAACAAAGCUCUCAGCCAAUUCUCGACAUCUAUUGUCAACCCCUUGUACUAUGUUACCUUCACCACCGCCACCCUAUGCGCCUCAUUUAUUCUCUUCCAAGGCUUCAACACCACCGACGCCGUCAACACCAUCUCUCUCCUUUGUGGAUUCCUGGUCAUUUUUUCGGGAGUGUACCUUCUCAAUCUGUCUCGAGGCGACCCAGACGGUCAUCGAUUAUUGAACGGGAAGAUUCCAGACGAAGAUGGCAUCCCCACCGACCCGCUGGCGGGAUUGCAGACACGAAGAAGCAUGCAGGCAAGGAGGAGUUUGGAUCCUCACCGGCGGAGUAGCAGUCUUACAUUCAGUCCAGGAGGACUACGAAAUGUGAGUGGAGAAAGUGCGGGACUGAUGCACAACUACGAUGUGGAGCACAAUGCUUUUGGAUUGUCAAACCUAGUGGAAGAUCCAGAAGAGGUGGAAGGAAGUGGAAGUUCAAGUCGAAACAGAAGCAGAAGCCCUGGCGGCGAACCUGUGACAAGGAUGUAUGAGAGGCCUUCUCAGAAGAGCCUGAAUCGAUAA